CCUUACAAGAAGAUACUGACAAAAAUCAACUUCUCCUUUCACACUCGACAGCAUCGUCUCCGUCCAUCCAUCAUGUCCCCAGAGACGUCCGUGUUCUUACUCUGGUUGGUUCUCCUACAAGAAGGAGCCUCCAUCAGACCUGUGGUGACCUUCACUCCAAACUACAAGAAGAUAUUCAAAAUGGAGUCUAUAACAAUGACCUGUGAUGUGGAGGCUACUAGAGGAGAAGAUCUGAAUUAUAUAUGGUACAAAGACCAUGUGCAAGUGCACAGUGGAAAAUCCUAUACAAUACAAAAUGCUGGAACAUCACACAGUGGAAAUUACGGAUGUCAGAACAGUACUGGAGAAAUAAGCGACCCCGCUAGACUGGAUGUUAGUAAUGAAUGGCUCAUCCUGCAGACCCCUCUAUAUGUCUAUGAAGGAGAUGAGAUGACGUUACGAUGUCACCACUAUCCUGGAUAUGGAGGAAAACAGACAACGUUUUACAAGGAGAACAAAGUCAUUACAGACGGGAGCGAUGAUGAGGAAUUUCAUAUUAGUAAUGUAGACAGGACAAGUGCCGGGAAAUACAAAUGUACAAAAGAAGUCUAUUAUAUUUCAUUGUCUGUACAUGGAGCUGAAGCUUCUGUAUCUGUAGAAGAGCUGUUCACAACUCCGACCAUAAAAGUGACCCCACAUCCCGUUUUUAAGAAGAAUAACAUGACCCUAAAAUGUGAGACAAGUCUCCAUCCUCCCAGACAAAACACACAGAUACUAUUUGCUUUCUACAGAGAAGGACGAAUUGUUCAGGGAUCUGGCGACAAGGACAUCUAUGAAGUCUCCAUGGUACAGCUGGAGCAUUCUGGGAAAUAUUCAUGUGAAGUGCAAACCACAGAUGGAAGAGUGAGGAAGAAAAGUGCAGAGGAACCAAUCCAGAUAGAGGAGCUAUUCUCACAUCCAAAUAUAAAAGUGACCAAAGAAUUUUUCGAAGGAGAUGCCUUGACCCUGACCUGUCACACAACUCUUCAUCCACACACAAAGCCUACAGAAGUGCAGUUUGCUUUCUACAGAGAUGGACAGAUGGUACGGGAAUUUAAUUCAUCUAAUAAGUAUGAAGUUCAGACUUCUCACCUGGAGCAUUCUGGGAAUUAUACUUGCAAAGUAAAAUCCUUAACACACCCUACAAGGAAGAUCAGUAAUUGGUCUAACAUAUUGGUAAAAGGCCCCACAGACAAUAUCGGGUACACUCGGCAGAAUAUAGUCCACCUGACAUUAUCUGCAUGCUUGGUAAUAGCCGCUGCUCUAUUUGUCUUCUAUCAUAUAAAAUGGAUGAGGUCUAUGGAAAAAUCAGACCGCUCUACAACAUACAGAACGAGUGGGUAA